GAAGCGGGCAGAUGAGUGUUGUGGACAAGUAGCUAGCUGUUCAACAAAGUUAAAGAAGGAGUUUAUGGUUCAGUGACUCCAUACCUGGAGAGGUGACAGUUCUCAAACUGCACCGAAAGACAUGAGCGACAAUAAAGAAGUCAGUUUUGAUCCUAAAGAGCACCAGCACCUGCGUUAUAAUCCUCUGCGGGACACCUGGGUCCUGGUGUCGGCCCACCGUAUGAAGAGACCCUGGGCAGGUCAGGUAGAAAAACCUUCUGAGGAACACGUACCCAGACAUGACCCCAGCAACCCACUCUGUCCCGGGAACACACGUGCAAAUGGAGAGGUAAAUCCUGACUACGACAGCACUUUUCUUUUUGAAAAUGACUUCCCUGCUCUACAGCCAGAUGCUCCUGACCCUGGUAAAUGUUCAGAUCAACAUCCACUCUUCCAAUCUAAGGCUGCCAGGGGUGUCUGUAAGGUCAUGUGUUUCCACCCCUGGUCUGACGUCACCCUCCCUCUCAUGAAAAAGCAAGAGGUUGUCAAGGUGAUUGACAAGUGGGCAGAGCUCGUUGAGGAACUAGGCGCCACGUACCCCUGGGUUCAGAUCUUUGAGAAUAAAGGAGCUAUGAUGGGCUGUUCAAAUCCACACCCUCACUGUCAGGUGUGGGCCAGCAACUUCCUGCCUAAUGAGCCGGCUCUGUCAGACCGCUGCCAGAGAGCCUACUAUCAGAAACAUGGAGAACCGCUGCUGCUUCAAUACGCCAGACAAGAAGCUGAGAAAAAGGAGCGGGUGGUGGUAGAGAGUUCUGAUUGGCUGGCGGUGGUUCCAUACUGGGCGACAUGGCCCUACCAGACGCUGUUGUUGCCGCGGCGACAUGUCCUCAGGAUCAAUGACCUGACAACAGAGGAAAGGGGGGGUCUGGCUGACAUUAUGAAGCGAUUGCUGACCAAGUACGACAACCUGUUUGAAAUCUCUUUCCCUUACUCCAUGGGCUGGCACGGAGCCCCCACCGGCCCCAGUUUAAAGGAAGACAACUCUCAUUGGCAGCUGCACGCUCACUACUACCCUCCCCUGCUGCGUUCAGCCACAGUGAAGAAGUUCAUGGUGGGGUACGAAAUGCUCGCCCAGGACCAAAGGGACCUCACCCCUGAACAGGCUGCUGAGAAGCUAAGGAACCUACCAGAGGAGCACUUUAAAACCAGAGGACACCUUGAAAAAGGAGGAGGGGAAGACAAAGAAGAUAGUGGAAAAUGAAAAAGACCCAUGUGACGGUGAAGAGGAGGAAUCAUAGCUUUAUUUGAACUACAGUGGACUUUGAUCUAUAACUUGUUUUGUAAGAAAGGAUUAACAUUCAAACUUCAUGGUUUAAAGUUGUUAAAUAUCUAAAAGUGCCUCAUCGUCGCUGGGCUUUAAGGUUUUGUUUUUACUGGCCCAAUAUCAAUUCAAUACAUUCUGUACUGGUUCUGGUCUUGUUUUGUUUUUUAAAUGAUGAAACGGACUUCAAACAGAAUAUGCUCUGGAAGAUAAUGAGAGAAAACACUUAUUUUCUCCCCAUCUGUCUCUUCUGUUGAAAUUAAACUUUGUUUGUUGUUUUGUUGUGUUUGAAGACUUUCAAACACAAAGCUUGUUUUCGUCCAACGACAAAAUGAGUUAUUCUUAAUUCAAAUGCAUGCCUUAUUUCCUUGUGAGUGUGUUUACAUGCGGAAUAACCUUGAAGUAGUUUGAAAAGUAGUUUCAUAGAAUACAGAUAAAGCUACAAAUGCCAUUUCACUUGUCAAUGUCAACAGAGACAGUAUUCUUUUAUAAUCCUUAAAUAAUAACACUUAUUAAUACUCUUUUCGGAUUGGUCCAUGACAUGCUAUGUACUUUUCUUUCCUUAAGGCAACGCAGGACGCAAAACAAUUAUUUUGAAAUCAAUAAAAAUAUUUUGCGUCA